AUGCACCAUCUCCUGGAGCAGUCCGCGGACAUGGCGACGGCGUUGCUGGCCGGAGAGAAGCUGCGCGAGCUGAUCCUGCCCGGCGCGCAGGACGACAAGGCGGGCGCGCUAGCGGCGCUGCUCCUGCAGCUCAAGCUCGAGCUGCCUUUCGACCGCGUGGUCACCAUCGGCACCGUGCUCGUCCCCAUCCUGCUGGUCACCCUGGUCUUCACCAAGAACUUCGCAGAGGAGCCCAUUUACUGCUACACGCCGCACAACUUCACUCGCGACCAGGCGCUGUACGCUCGCGGCUACUGCUGGACGGAGCUGCGGGACGCGCUGCCCGGCGUGGACGCCAGCCUGUGGCCGUCGCUGUUUGAGCACAAGCUGCUGCCCUAUUCGCUGCUGGCCUUCGCCGCCAUCAUGUACGUGCCCGCGCUGGGCUGGGAGUUCCUGGCCUCCACCCGCCUCACCUCCGAGCUCAACUUCCUGCUGCAGGAGAUCGACAACUGCUACCACCGUGCGGCCGAGGGCCGCGCCCCCAAGAUCGAAAAGCAGAUCCAGUCCAAGGGGCCCGGCAUCACGGAGCGCGAGCGGCGUGAGAUCAUCGAGAACGCCGAGAAGGAGAAGAGCCCCGAGCAGAACCUGUUCGAGAAGUACCUGGAGCGCCGCGGCCGCAGCAACUUCCUGGCCAAGCUGUACCUGGCGCGGCACCUGCUCAUCCUGCUGCUCAGCGUGGCGCCCAUCUCCUACCUGUGCACCUACUACGCCACCCAGAAGCAGAACGAGUUCACGUGCGCGCUGGGCGCGUCCCCGGACGGGCCGGCUGGCGGGGGCCCAGCGGUGCGCGUCAGCUGCAAGCUCCCGUCCGUGCAGCUGCAGCGCAUCGUGGCGGGCGUGGACAUCGUGCUGCUGUGCGCCAUGAACCUCAUCAUCCUCGUCAACCUCAUCCACCUGUUCAUCUUCCGCAAAAGCAACUUCAUCUUCGACAAGCUGCACAAGGUGGGCAUCAAGACGCGCCGGCAGUGGCGCCGCUCCCAGUUCUGCGACAUCAACAUCCUGGCCAUGUUCUGCAACGAGAACCGCGACCACAUCAAGUCGCUCAACCGGCUGGACUUCAUCACCAACGAGAGCGACCUCAUGUACGACAACGUGGUGCGGCAGCUGCUGGCCGCGCUGGCCCAGUCCAACCACGACGCCACGCCCACCGUGCGCGACGCGGGCGUGCAGACCGUGGACCCCAGCGCCAACCCGGCCGAGCCCGACGGCGCCGCCGAGCCGCCCAUCGUCAAGCGGCCGCGCAAGAAGAUGAAGUGGAUCCCCACCAGCAACCCGCUGCCGCAGCCCUUCAAGGAGCCACUGGCCAUCAUGCGCGUGGAGAACAGCAAGGCCGAGAAGCCCAAGCCCGUGCGCCGCAAGACGGCCACGGACACGCUGAUCGCGCCGCUGCUAGACGCGGGCGCGCGCGCCGCGCACCACUACAAGGGCAGCGGGGGCGACGCGGGGCCCGCGCCCGACAAGAAGCAUGCGCGCCACUUUUCCCUGGACGUGCACCCCUACAUCCUGGGCACCAAGAAGGCCAAGCCCGAGGCCGUGCCCACCGCCGCCCUGCCCGCCUCCCGGAGCCAGGAAGGGGGUUUCCUGUCCCAGGCGGAGGAGUGUGCGCUGGGUUUGGCCGCAGCACCCACCAAAGAUGCUCCGCUCCCUGACAAGGAGAUCCUGUACCCAGCAGAGCCAGCCCGGGCCACGCUUCCUUCCGGGGGCCCGUUUCACGUCCGCUCGCCCCCAGCAGCCCCCGCCACAGCCCCUCUGUCGCCAGCCACUCUGGGCAAAGCUGACCCGCUCGCGAUCCUGAGCCGCAAUGCCACACACCCGCUGCUGCACAUCAGCACGCUGUAUGAAGCCCGGGAAGAGGACGACGGGGGUCCCCGGGCUCCCCCAGAUGUGGGCAGCCUCAUUGCCAUCCCGCCCCCCCAGCAGAUCCUCAUCGCCACCUUUGACGAGCCGAGGACAGUAGUGAGUACCGUGGAGUUCUGA